UCCGUAAUGAAUACCCGUCCUCACUAAAACACUGGGCGGUGUUGUUGAUCUCAAACCGGCUAGUUGUGUUGCUUUAUCGGAAUGACAAUGUAGGAUAUGUUUUAAAUCAACGUUUUAAAGGCACUAUACCCUUGGCUCAAAUAUGCUCGUUUGAUAUUUUAAAGUCUACUGCAUCAGGCUGGAUACAACACUACUCAUGGAAGAUGUUGAUGAAUUUCGGGACGACGUCAUUCCGAUUAAACCCAAUCCAGUACUCGAAAAAUGUAUUGUAUUCAAAGUAUACAAGAGGAGAUGGUUCAUUCUAUUCGUGCUGUGCUUGCUAAAUUGCUCAAACUCCAUAUUAUGGCUGACCUUUGCUCCAGUGGCAGACCAUUCAGCCCAGUUCAUGGGUGUCACCCUGGACCAGAUCAACUGGCUGUCCAUCAUCUACAUGGUGGUGGCCAUUCCUCUCAGCUUUGGGACCACAUGGAUGCUGGACACCUUAGGACUCCGAAUCACACUUGUGCUGGGUUCCUGGCUCAACAUGUUGGGAGCUGUGCUGCGUUACGUGGGCAUCAUGAGGAGCCUACCAAGUGCAGCCAAUUUCCCCGUGGUGAUGGGGGGCCAAACCCUGUGUGCCCUGGCCCAGCCCCUGGUUAUCUUCACUCCCACCAAGCUGGCAGCCCUCUGGUUCCCAGAGCACCAGCGGGCCACCGCCAAUAUGAUAGCCUCCAUGUCAAAUCCCCUUGGGAUUCUCAUUGCUAGCAUCUUUUCCCCUAUGAUUGUGGGGACUACCAACAACAUCGCUUUAAUGCUGUUCAUAUAUGCUGUACCAGCAGCCAUUAUCUGUCUCCUAGCAACAGUGGGGAUCCGUGAUAGUGCCCCCCCAACGCCCCCCUCAGCCAGUGCCGAAAGCUCCAAUUCAGAGCCCUUCCUGGAGGGAAUCAAGCUGCUCCUGAGGAACAAGGCCUACAUGAUUCUCCUGCUGUGUUUCGGCUCGGGGAUCGCUGUGUUCACCUGCUUCUCUACACUGCUGGAGCAGAUUAUGUGCGUCCGAGGAUACACUAAUGACUUUGCAGGACUGUGCGGAGGUCUCUUCAUCGUGUUCGGUAUAGUCGGAGCUGGCUUCCUGGGUCUCUACGUUGACAAGACCAAGAAGUUCACAGAGGUCACCAAGGUCAACAUGAGCCUCUCAGCGCUGGCCUGCAUUGCCUUCUCAGUGGUAUCUCAGAUGCGGAAUCAGGGAAUAGCCGUGGCCGUUGCUUGUUCGCUCUUCGGCUUUUUCGGCUUCUCCAUUUACCCGGUUGCCAUGGAGUUGUCUGUGGAGUGCUCCUACCCGGUUGGGGAGGCCACCUCAGCAGGCCUGAUAUUUAUAUCAGGACAGAUCCAGUCAGUUAUCUAUAUACUGCUUCUUCAGGGGUUGACCAAACCAAUGGCCUACUCGCCCUUCUCUACCUGUUCUGUAGGAGGUGAUGCGGCCUUGAGUUGGAGGGUGCCCGUGCUGGUGAUGGCAGGCCUGUUCAGUGUCUUUACAUGCUGCUUCGUUAUCUUCUUCCACACGAAGUACAGGAGACUGGAUGCUGAGGCACAGGCUGGUGGAAAAAUGCCAACUCUGACAACCUGUGACAGCACGUCAAACUCUGACCCAAAGUAGGCACAGGCCAGGGGUUAACUGAGCUGCUUUGAGAUCACUAUGUCACUGGCAUCAUUUCAGAAGCACGCCAAUUCUCACAGGAGGCCAAGUGUAUUGACUUACCAUUACAUUCCUUUACAAAUAAUAUUUAGGUUUUCGGAAUGUAACUGAAAGGUAAUUUCUACCUUUGCUAUACUGCUUCAUUCUCUAGUCCCAAGUGAAUGAUUACAGUUUUUACAAUAGCGAUAUUUAAUAUUGCGUAAACGGUGGUGGUAAACAGUGAUCAUAAGUUACUCAAUUUGAAACGGGGCUUUACUUUUAUACAGGUAUGCACUAAGAUGAAUAGCAUCUUAUGCACCUUUUGUACUGAUGCGGAGCAGAGUUGAGGUCAUUUCGCCCCGGUCUGUUAAAUUGGACAUGAAAUGUAUGCUGCAAAAGUAAUCCAAUACCUGAAUUGACUGGAAUUUUUAUGUGUGAUGGUGGUGGACAUGUAUGCUUGUGGGAUGUACAGACGAUUUCAUAAAACAAAUUCCAGGUAUUUGAAUGAUGGCACAUUUUUGUCAGUACCAAAUUCAUUUAUACAUUCAAUUGUGUAAAUUUGGUAUUUUAAACUACUCCUGUAAAUAUACUUUAUAGUAAAAUAAACCAUGACAGUCAUUGGUUUAAUUCGCUUCUAAAUACAUACAACUUAGUGAAUAAUUGUCAGAAGACUUUCAUUUCUCCUGGAUACUAUUAUGUGCCGUUUACCACAUGCAAUACACCCCGACCAAGAUACAGGCAGCUGAUAAAAUGAGCCAUUUAUCUAAAAGUUCUAAGUUAAGAAAGAGAGAGACAGGGGUAAAGAAAAGAGGAAGCCAUUUCAGUCUAUUUAUUUCAUCACUGUUCCAAAGUGUUACACAGUGACCAACAGAACUGCACUCCCCUCAGUAGAGACACCAUACAGACAAGACUCUACAGGAGUUUGAAUAAUUUCCCCAAUUUCAAUUCACAUAAAAUACAUAUAAAAAAAGUAGAGCACUCUGGAUUCAGGCUCGCCUGAGCAAAACUGAAAGCCACCCUCCGCCUUUUGCCUAGUUGCAACCUCAGUUUUUUUUAUAUAAGAGCCACCUUAAUAGGGCUACGAGUAACGUGGUAAAAAUGAACAGCAAAAUGAAGGGGGGGGGGGGGGG